CUUCCACGCGGUUCGGUCGUGUGGGUCGUCAUGCCGCCCUGAGCGGCAAAAACAAUUCGAAUUUGCUACAACCAACCCUAACGGAAAAAUUCCCUACCCGUAAUCUUUAUUUUCUUUAAUUGUAUAUAAAUAAAAAAUCGCGUGUCACGUUCAUCUGUGAGUGAUUAACUGGCAUGUGCAGCAUAUCAAUCGUGACAUAAACAUUCAUGUGAAGUUACAAAGUGUAGUGAAACAAAGUGACAAAGUGGCGAAGUGUAUUCUGACAGGAGUUAGCGUAUGAUAUGAUAAUGCGACGAGCGUUGCUUGACGGUAGCCGACAGGGCUCUGUCGACGGCAAUAGUAAUGUGGCGAGUGAUAAAGAGUUGGUACACAAGUGUCAUAGUGACCCCGGUGGUGGGAGGGCCCUGGGGGCCCCGAGAGCGCACAGACACCGCUCUGUGUCGGGCGCUUUGAGGAAAUGCGUUCUAACCCUUGACGGGUACUCGUACGUUAUAGUGGCGAGUCCACCAGGCGGCGCGGGCGCGAACCCCGACGAGCACCGCCCGCCGCCGCCCCCCGCGCCCCGCAACGGGACCUCUCCCAAACAAGGCGCUCUGACCAUAGUCCGAAGGUCAUCCAGCCGAAGUAAGACGACAGAAAGCUCACCUCCCACCGAUGAACAGCUAGACCAACUUGAUCUCGACACAGAACACUUGCCCGCUGUUGACACGCCCGAUGCCUGUGAUAAAGCCGCUCUUAGAUUACGCUAUCUCCUAAGACAAAUAAACAGAGGUGAAAUACCUGUUGAAAUAUUACAAAAGAACAUUCAAUAUGCCGCAAAAGUUUUAGAAGCAGUCUACAUAGAUGAAACCAAACCGGCCGUGGCGCGCCAGCAGUCGGCACCGACCCUGGUAUUUAGACGCUUGGCGGACGAAGAUGACGAAUUAUCAGAAGUACAACCAGACGCAGUACCGCCAGAAGUCCGAGAGUGGCUGGCUUCAACCUUCACACGGCAGUUGGCGACGGCAAAGCGAAAGUCGGAUGAGAAACCGAAGUUCAGAUCUGUGGCGCACGCGAUUCGAGCAGGGAUUUUUGUGGACAGAAUCUAUAGGCGAGUCACGAGCACUGCGUUGAUGCAGUUCCCACAAGAUGUUGUUCGAGUUUUAAAGACACUUGACGAAUGGUCAUUCGACGUGUUUGCGUUGCACGAAGCAUCAGCGGGCUACCCCGUGAAAUAUCUGGGCUACGAAUUGUUAAAUAGAUACGGCAUGAUACACAAGUUUAAGGUCCAACCUCCAACGCUAGAGAAUUUCCUCAGUCGGAUAGAAGAAGGCUACUGCAAGUUUCACAACCCGUACCACAAUAAUCUGCAUGCAGCUGACGUCGCUCAAACUGUGCAUUAUAUGCUGUGCCAGACAGGGCUCAUGAACUGGUUAUCAGAUCUGGAAAUCUUCGCCACGCUGGUAGCGGCGAUAGUCCACGACUUCGAGCACACGGGCACCACGAACAACUUCCACGUCAUGUCUGGUUCGGAUACCGCCUUGUUGUACAAUGACCGAGCCGUGCUGGAGAACCAUCAUAUUAGUGCUGCUUUCAGAUUGAUGCGUGAAGAAGAAAACAACAUACUCCUCAAUCUGUCCCGUGACGAGUUCCGAGAGUUCCGCACACUGGUCAUCGACAUGGUGCUGGCGACGGACAUGUCGUUCCACUUCCAGCAGCUGAAGAACAUGCGGUCCCUGCUGACGCUCGCUGAACCAACCGUGGAUAAGUCGAAGGCGGUAUCGCUGGUGUUACAUUGCUGUGAUAUUUCACAUCCUGCAAAGCGUUGGGAUCUCCACCACCGAUGGACGAUGAGUCUUCUCGACGAAUUCUUCCUACAAGGAGACAAAGAGAGGGAACUGGGGCUUCCCUUCAGUCCACUUUGUGACAGAAACAACACACUCGUAGCGGAGUCGCAGAUCGGCUUCAUAGAUUUCAUCGUAGAACCCAGCAUGGGUGUAUGUGCUGAUAUGUUGGAAUGCAUUUUGGGACCUCUGCAUUCGAAUACCAAGAAUUCCUCGAGUACUGCUAAUCAAGAUCCUAUAAAUGAGGAAUCUACAGGUGCUGAAGCCAAUACUAAAUUCAAGAUCAAGAAGCCGUGGGUUGCCUGCCUCAUGGACAACAAAAAGAUUUGGAAGGAACAAGCGGCGAAAGAUGCCGAAGCGCGAGCCCGCCUUGAAGAGGAGACGAACGGGACACAGCCACCGCAGCCGGAUGAAUAAUAUUUAGCCACCUUUGUAAAUAGCGUUAGGAAUAGUUGUUACAGCAUGCUGCAUUCGCUGUUGAAUAAGAAGUAGGCUAGUUGUUCGCUUCACGCUAUCGUUGUACGCACAAAGUUAUGGGUACAAUGAACUAUAUUUUGGUUAGUGUCAUGUCAUGGGCCCUCUUCACAAUGGGCAGCGUUGGGCGAGUAGAGGCAACCACGAUAGUGUAUAAUGUUUAUUCAUAAUCGCCGUAAUGGCGGCAAACAUCGAGGAUCAUUUGUUGGGCCAACGCUGCCCAAUGGAAGAAAAAAUGUUCCCAAGUGAGGUUAUGAACUGAAAAACAGAACCGAAAUUCGAUUUUGAUGACGAAUAUUAUAGUUCAUUAUAUUCACAACAUAUGAUAAGUUUAAAAAUGAUAAUAUAUUCAUUGUAUAAAUUCUCUUUGGAAGACAACGUAGUGAGUUAUAUUCGAUUAGAUGAUGUACUGCAGAGCGGUCAUCGGUAGGUGUAUUUAUAAUAAUUGCUACCUAGUUAAUUUUGUUUUACUGAACAUUUUAAAUGCUGGACAGAUUACUUAUAAUUUUAUCUACAGAUCCAGAAGAAAAAAUAUCCUUGCCAUAGACAAUGGUUUAUUAAAUAAUUAUAAAUAAUUUACGAUCAAAUCUCGUGUUAUUAAUUUGCUAUGGCUUGCUAUUUUUCCACGGCAAAAAAUUUGUUUUAAAAUUUAAAAAUAAUAAUAUAAAUGGUAACUAUAAUUUUGAAUACGGUCUUGCAUUUAAAAUAUUUAGCAAAAUGUUACUGUAGCUUAACUACUAGUAUUUUGUCGUGCGAGCAGGCCUCGUAUUAAAUUUGUUUGUUAAUGGUUAUUUAUGUUGUUUAUUAAUUAUACAAACAUGAAGCAAUUUAAUUUAUUUGUAAAUGAUUUACGUAAAAAUAUAGAUGUAAUCGUAACUUUUAUUUCGUAUAGAGGUAUAAUAAUAUAUAGCUGGUUGUCUGUUUUAUGUUGUAGCUAUUUGUAUUAUAAAUAUUAUAUGAAAUUGACUAUAACGAAUAAUUAUUAUUGAAGUAGUCAUAGAUAUACAUAUAAUCAUAUUGCCAUCACAACCUUCUUACAUGAAGACCUUAGUAUAAGAGAAGUAAAAUUCUUCAGUGUAUUUAUUAAUUUCGGAAAGUAUCAUAAUCAAUGUACAAAUAAACUGUUAAUAGACCAACCAUUUCAAAUUGAGGGUUAGGUAUGACAUCACAAUUAAUAAUAAUAACUAGUUGGUGUAUAAAUUAGAUAUUUAAUUAUCUGUGGUGAUGAUGAAUACCUACUGGCAAUUUUAAAUUUUCCCCUACGCUUUUCGUUUAAUCUUUGAACUUAAAAAGAUAUUUUUAAAUAAUAUUUUCCCGCCCUUUGAGACCGUUAUGUUUGGUCUAUGACAUUCCAAAACAAUAGCUGUCUAUGAUAGGUGCUUAUGUGGUACUUAUAUUAAAAAUGCAUCUCUCUUCUCUACUCAAAACUCUGCACUAUUUUCUACAUUAAUUUACAAUUAUGUCAUUGCUUUUCUAAAAGUUAAAAAUUCGGAAUCAGAUUGUUCACAUAAUACCUACGCACAUUUUAAUAUUUAAAGAAGCGCAAAAAAACUGCUGAUAAUUUUUUGAAAGGCAAUGAUUACAAUUACUACUAUUUUUGUAUCAAUACUAAUCUAUCUUAAAUCAUAAGGCUAUUGUAUCAUAAAAUCGCUGGUAUCGGAGCAAACUUUUUAUAGUAUAAUUAAAAAUAAUUAAUAGUACUUUCUGACUUGAGAGUCUCUAUUCUGUAAUAUAAAAUAAUUAUGUAUGUACUUAAAUUAGUAAAAAUUAGUUAAAUUAGUAACCUUAUUGUUAUGAAAAAUACGCUUAUUAAUUUUAAUGUUUCUGAUUGGAACGGAUGAUACUCCUUGACCAAAUCAUUUUGUAAAUUUUGACAUUUUUUAUUUUAUUUAUUUAAAAUGGAUAAAUUAUAGAUAUUUAUCGUUACUACCUUAUAUUUAUUUUCUUCUUAUUGCUUUACACUACCAAAUAAUGUAUAACCGCUAAGCUUAAGUUAAGCUCAAAUCCCAUUAAUUUAUCUACUCAUUUAUUAAUAACUUGAUCUGAUAUUGGAAGAAACCUUACGAACGGAUUAAGAAAACCGUCCUUCCUUUUGAAUUAAUUGGCAAUUUUUCGUAGUUUGGUCCAUGGAACAUUCAUGGAGCAUUUAAAUGAUUGGUUCCGUCACUGGCAUUC